AUGGACAACAUUCGUGAUCAACCAGAUUGGAAAAACACCGCUUUUAUCAAUCAGGUACAUAGAGAUCAUAAUGUGCAUGUGUCAAAGUCCAAAGCUUAUAGAGCCAAAAGAAUGGCCAUUGAUCGUAUCGAGGGUACUAAUUUGGAGCAAUUUUCCAAAGUAUGGAAAUAUUGUGCUGCAAUUAGACAAUUUAGUCCUGGUAGUACAACUAUUGUCCAAUCAGAGCACAUGGUCUUCCAAAGGAUGUAUAUCAGCCUUGAUGCGUGCAAGAAGGGUUUUAUAUAUGCAUGUAGGCCAAUUGUGUGUGUGGAUGGUUGCUUCUUAAAAAGUCAUUUUGGGGGCCAAUUAUUAUGUGCGGUUGGAAAAGAUGGAAAUGAGAAUAUGUACCCUAUUGCAUUUGCAGUUGUCGAGGCUGAAACAAGAGAUAGUUGGCAAUGGUUCAUGCAACUUCUCUUGAAUGAUAUUGGCACUUUUGAAGAAAAGGGUUGGGUGAUAAUGUCCGAUAGGCAAAAAGGAUUGAAUGACGUGCUUAAAGCAUACAAUUGUGAACAUAGGUUCUGUGUUCGACAUUUAUAUAGCAAUUUCAAAUUGCAAUACAAAGGAAAAAGUCUCAAAGAUGAGUUAUGGAAUGUUGCACGAUCCACUACUAUACACGAGUUUGAGAAGCACAUGAGAAAUAUUAAGACUCUUGACUCAUCUGCUGAAAAAUGGUUAAGAGAUAUUGAAGCAUCAUCAUGGAGCAGGCAUGCAUUUAAUCCACGAACUAGGUGUGAUAUAUUGCAAAAUAACAUUGCUGAAACAUUUAAUUCGUUUAUCUUGGAGGCAAGAGAUAAACCAAUCCUCACAAUGUGUGAAACCAUAAGAAGAAUGCUAAUGAAAAGAUUCAUUGCAAAGAAGGAAGGGAUGAGACAAUAUACAGGUCCAAUUUGUCCGCGUAUACAAACAAAGUUAGAAAAGCCCAAAAAGCAGUCAACAGAGUGGAUCGUUUAUUGGGCUGGAGAUGACAGAUUCGAGGUAGAGAAUGCAUGGCAAACUCGAAGAGUAGUUCAUCUUAGUGAGAAAAAAUGUGAUUGUAAGCAAUGGGAUCUUACUGGGAUACCUUGUGCACAUGUUGUGGCAAGUAUAUAUAGGAUGCAUUUGAUUCCAGAAGACUUUGUGGAUCCUUAUUACUUUAAGGAUACGUUCGAAAAGGCUUAUGCUCAUAUUAUUCACCCCAUACCAAGUGAAGAACAUUGGCCUGAAACAAACCAAACACCACUAUUUCCACCAAAAUAUAAGAAUGCGCCUGGGAGACCAAAGAAAGCUAGGAAAAAGGCUGCUGAUGAGCCAAUAAACCCUUACCGAGUUAGCAGAAAAGGUCAAUCUCUUAAGUGUGGUAAUUGUGGUGCAUGGGUCCAUAAUGCUCGCAGUUGUAAAGGCGCGCUAAAUUCUGACCGAAGAAUAAGGAAUAAAAAACAACCUCAAAGAAGAGGUGGGGGAACUAAUGGACCAAGUACACAGGUGAAUGUGACAAAUGGAAGCCAAUCAGUUCAAUGA